AUGAACAUUUUGAAUGAAGAUUCUGAUAGUGAAGAUAUUGAAGAUGUUAUACAAUUUCCUGAAUAUGACGCAGAUUUGAGUGACGAAAAUUUAGAACAGGAAAAUCACAGCAGUGACUCUGAAAUAACUGCAUCAGAUGACGAAAUUACUGAAAAUAAUAGUGAUGGAAAUUGUUAUACGGGAAAGGAUAAAAUCACAAAAGGGAAAAAAGAAAUCGUAAAAUCCUCCAAAACCAAGAACAAAAAUAUUAUAAAGAAACUGCCAGAACCAACUGCAUAUGCAAAAAGAACUGCUUCCGAAAUUGACGCUUUUCUGAAAUUGAUUGAUCUGAGUAUGAUUGAUGAAAUAGAAAUUUAUGCAUUAUGUAAGGAAAGGGAUACAACUGCUCAUCAUACCUGUUCGAAGUUUGAUGUCAACGAAACAUGUAACCGCUGUUACGGAUUGUACAUAGAUGGCGCUCCCGCCUGUUGUUUAUUUCCUGUUUGUAAAUAUCCACCCCCGAGAACGGGGACUUGCGUGGCAGGCACGGACCCCAGCGACGACUCUAUUUUGAGCGAGUUGAAGACAAAAAACAUACAACUUGCCGACUCAUUUGACAAGGGGGUUCCGGUGGAAAUUCUAGUGGGCAGUGACUCCUUUUGGGAAGUUGUUUAUGACCAACGGGAAAGGGUCUGUCAGAACACCUGGGUCAUAAAUUCAGUCUUCGGGUGGCUAAUAGGGGGUGUCGGUAAGAGGGACGAUUCGACUGAAAGUUGCGAAAAUGUUUGUUUGGUAAUGGAUUCUUCUUCUAUUUUGUUUGAGCUGAAUAAAUUUUGGGAGAUAGAGAAAUUUCCUAACGAAAUACGAGGCCUUUCUGUGAGGGAUGAUCCUUUGAUUAAAACCUUCGAAAAUAAUUUGAAAUUUAAUGGAAAACGGUAUGUUUGCAAAUUAAUGUGGAAAGAUAAUAUGGGACCUCCAGUUGAAUUGGAUUCUAAUUUUGAAGUUGCGGAAAGGCGUUUUAGUUCAUUGGAAAGGAAAUUAAAUAAAAAUCCCGAAAUUGCGGACCAGUACAAAAAAAUUGUUAAGGAUCAAUUAGAAUGCGAUAUUGUCGGAAAAUGUGUUUAUAAAGACACUCGGACGGGAUAUUAUAUGCCUCACAGAGCGGUUAUCCGUGACGAUAAAGCUACGACUCAAGUAAGAAUAGUCUAUGAUUGUAGUAGUAAGGGAGGGGAAAAUAAAAAAUCUUUGAAUGAUUCACUUGAGACAGGAGUUAAUCUUAAUGACAAUUUAUUGGAUGUUACUCUUAAAUUUCGGGAAAAUCAAAUUGCGUUUUGCGGAGAUUUAGAAAAGGCAUUUCUUAUGAUAGAGAUUGCAGAGGAAGAUAGAAAAUAUCUAAAAUUUUUAUGGUUUCCGGACGAUACGGGCGGCUCAAAGCAAGUAUUUAAUUUUAAUCGUCUUCCCUUUGGCUUAACUACAUCUCCCUUUGCUUUGGCUUGCGUUUUAAAAUUUCAUAUAAGGAAAUUUAGAGAUAAAUAUCCUAAAUGUUGUGAAAUGUUAAAUUCUCUAUAUGUCGAUGACUUAUAUUAUGGAGCAGAUACCGCGCAGGAUGCUUAUCAGUUAACUUCUUCUGCUAUAGAUAUAUUACGCUCCGCCGGGUUUAAUUUAAGGAAAUUAAGAACUAAUUGUGUCGAGUUAAAUAAACUUUGGUUUGAGAAUGGGUAUAAAGAAAAUACUGAUCAUGGGCAAGGAUCGGGUUUCUUAGGAUUGAAUUGGGAUCCAAUUGAGGACGAGAUUAAGUUGAAUUUAAAAGAUGUUAGGAAUCCCUUGGAAUUUGGAAUCACCAACGGAACUUCUAAAAGACAUGUGCUGAGAGUAAUCUCUCAAAUUUUCGAUCCUUGUGGACUAAUCAGCCCUUUUGUAAUCACAGUUAAAAUUCUCAUUCAAGAAUUAUGGAAAAGGAGCCUCGAAUGGGAUGAACAGCUACCACAGGAUUUGGAAGAAAAAUGGAACACUUGGUGCUCUGAACUCUCUGCUAUAGAUAACUUGCGGAUUGAACGAAAACUGUUUACGAAAUUAAGAACGAAUGACAUUUCACUCCACAUCUUCUGUGACGCUAGUCCUAAAGCCUAUGGGGCUGUGGCGUAUUUCCGAUACAUCACCGAAGAAGGAAGUGCUAAGGUGAGCUUUAUUAUGUCUAAAAGUAAGGUUGCUCCUUUGAAAACCUUAACCCUUGCGAGAUUGGAACUGAUGGCAGCACUCAUCGGUGCUCGCUUAGCGAAAUACUUGCAGGACACCUUUCCAUCUUUAAUUAAAAGAGUUUAUUUAUGGAGUGACUCGAAAAUUGUUAUCCAUUGGGUGAAGGGAUCGGCAAAAAUAUGGAAACCCUUUGUGUGUAACAGAGUAACUCAGGUGCAGUUACUUACUUCUCCGCUCUGUUGGAACCAUUGUAGUGGAUCGGAAAACCCUGCUGAUUUAACUACGAGAGGGGAAUCGGCGAAAGCAUUUCUCUCAAGUUCUCUUUGGUGGACGGGACCUGAGUGGCUGUCUCGGCCGGUACAUUCGUGGCCUGUGCAGUGUUCGUCAAUUCUCUCUGAUUCCAUUUGUGAUAAAGAAAUAUUUUCCUCAGAGCGACGGAGAACUGAAACCGUCAACACAAUGGUUGUUACUACCAAUGUUGAUGACUGUAUUUCAAGCUGUAUUAACAUUGAUAAAUACAGCAAUCUUCGAAAACUUUUGCGUGUUACAGCUUUUGUGAAAAGGUUUAUGAACAAUUCUAAACCUCGUUCUUUAAAAUUUAGUGGACCUCUUAGUGCUUUCGAACUUCAGGAAGCCUUACAUUCUUGGAUCAAGGCUACUCAAAUAAAAUAUUUCGGAGCUGAAAUUCACCAGCUUCUUUCUAAGAGUGUCAUCUCCAAGGACUCGUGCGUAUAUAAUCUGAGUCCUGAACUCGAUGAAAAUAAUCUGCUGCAAUUGAAGGGUCGUCUGCAGUUUUUUAGCGGUGACAUGAGGGCGAAGCAUCCUUGGCUUCUCCCAUGCAACGAUAAAUUUGUAAAAUUACUGAUAUUGGAUGCUCAUUUCAAAAUGGGCCAUUUAGGUGUUGAAGGUACCUUAAUUCACUUGCGCGAACAAUUCUGGAUCAUCAAAGGUAGACAAUUUGUAAAAAAGGUAUUGAAUGACUGUCUCAUAUGUAGACGUUUUAAGGUAAAGACUGGAGAACAGGUGGUAGCUCCACUACCUCUUGACAGAAUUCUAGAACAUUCACCAUUUGAUGUAUCUGGCGUAGACUUUGCAGGACCUUUUUUUGUGAAUGACUCUAAUGAUAAGUGUUAUCUGAUAAUAUUUACUUGUGCUGUAGUAAGAGCUGUUCAUUUAGAAUUAGUUAAUAAUAUGAGUACUGAUUCAUUUUUAUUAGCUUUUAGGAGAUUUAUUUCUCGUAGAGGUUUGUGUUCUGUAAUUUACUCUGAUAAUGCUAAAACAUUUAAAAGGGCAAAUUCUGAAUUAAGUAAAUGGUGGAAAUAUAUUAAUAAUCCUGAAGUUAAAAAUGUAUUUGCCUCCAAAGGUAUUGUUUGGAAAUUUAUUGUUGAGAGGAGUCCAUGGUGGGGAGGUUUUUGGGAAAGGCAGAUACGUACAAUUAAAACUUGUUUAAAGAAGAUUAUUGGCAAAUCAAGUCUUUCUUUUAAGGAAUUAGAAACCAUUUUUUUAGAAAUUGAAGCUAUUGUUAAUUCUAGGCCUAUCACGUAUCUGUACAAUGAACCUUCCGAACCUUCACCACUCACUCCUUCUCAUUUUCUAAUUGGGAAAAGAUUAGCAUCUUUACCAAUCGGAUUAGGGAAAACCGUCUAUGAUGUCUAUUAUAAACCGUCUAUCGGCAUGUCUUUAAUUAUUACAAGUGACCCAUGGUCAUACAGUCGUUAUAAGAAAACUCCCAGUACUGCAAAAUACUGCUGUGGCUGCACGAGUGUACCUUUCAAGGACUUACCAAUCGAUACAGAAUAUCGGUUUGUUGUGGUUCCCGAUUAA